UAACUAGUGGGAAUAACCCGCUAAAUCAGGGCGCGUAGCCAACGUGCCAAUCGUUUACGCUCCGUAGCGAACGAAACGCAACAACCGCUUUGUCGCACUAUUAUGGAAGAGUGAUAGAGGAGAAGACUUAAUACGCUACCCUACGGAGCGUAAACCAUAAGAAAGUUGGCACCCAGAUAGGAACUGAAUUGAUUCAUUACGAAACUUAGUCUACCUCUAAAAAUAUAUUACCUACUCUCCAGGAGGUCUACCCAUUAUAGUAAACGAUUUGUCCAUAAGUCCAAGAUACCUAAUACCUACGAGUAGGGCUACUACUUUACGGAGACGGUGCGUAAGUAGGUGUGCCAUAAACUAUAAUUUGGACCGUAACAAACUAUUAUUAUUGGACUCCUAAAAUAUAAUACAGUCACUCCUUUUACUAGUCACACAGACAGCAGUAGGCUUAGCACAGGAGCGUCGCGACUAUUUCGCCUUCAAAAUAUGUAGUUUCAUGCUCACUCAUCGUAAUUUCACUAUUUUAUCAUUGUAACUUGCUAUAACAUAUAUUUAUUUUACUCUUUACUAUGAACCGAACUGGGCGUGUCGUGCGCUGUUGUAGAUCUAUUUAAUCUAUUACCUACUUACAUCAUUGAACUAUUAUACUUACAUAUAUUAUAUAUAUCUACCUACCUACAACACUAGCCUCGUUGAAUUCAUUUUUACCACUUGUCAAUUUGACAUGUUUACAUAUCACAACAUGAGUCAGUCCCAACAAACAAACCUACCUAAAUAUGACUAAAAUUCAUAGAACAACAACACGGUAAUUAAAACCGUGUAACCGGAAUGUAUUGAAUGGAUAUCGUACCCGAGCUAGACACGCCAUCGCUUCUGAAGUUGGCAUCGUUCCUGUUCUGGAGCUGUUUGUACCUGCUGUCCUGCGUGCGGCAGCCGGACAAAUGCCCUGAAUACCACUCGCGGGUCGUCACCCUUCUGCACGGCAGCGUAUCGAGUGUGGUGGGCCUCGCGCAAUGUGGUUUGGGGUCACUCAGCAUAUGCCGGCUAACAGCUCCAGUUCUGCCUGGGCACUAUGCCCUGAUGGUAUGGUCAUGGGGCUACUUCGCAUUCGACCUACUCUGGUGUCUGAUGUACUGGAACCAAGGUCCCUUGAUGCUGGCCCAUCACUUCUGCACCCUAGUGGCCAUUACGAUCUACAUGCACAGAAACGGGACAGGGUGUUCUUUCUCAUGCACAAUGGCGUUUAUGGAAGUAACUAACCCAUUUCUACAAAUAAGAUGGUUCCUCAAAACCGAAGGAUAUGGAAGGACGAUGCUGUUCUACAUAGUAGACAUUCUCUAUUUAUCAUCCUUUUUGCUAAUACGAGGUGUUCUCGGCACCUACAUUUUAUACAAAAUAAUGCCAGUCAAAGUUUUUGGCAUAGACCAGAAGAUGAUCGCGAUUUCAUUAUACAUCAUUUCCAUUGGACUAAUGCGGGAACUCAUUUCGUAUAUUUCAUAUAAAUACAAGGAUAGAGCAAUUGCAAGUGUGACCAAUUUUUUAGAUUAUCAUGGCAUUAUAUUAAACGAUUGUGAUGACAUAUGAUAUACAUGAAUGGAACUACUGAAGAAUAAUAAAGACUUACUAUAAUUUGACUGAA